CGUCGUCGCCGGGGAUCAAUCGGGGGAGAGAAGUGGGGUGGGGGGAGACUCUCCUCACGCAGUCGCAUCGCCCGGACGACGCCGCAGCAGGAACAUGCUCACGCGGGUGAAAUCGGCGGUGAGUAAUUUUAUGGGAGGGAUGAUGGCCGGCGGCUCCAACGGGGAGCAACCCGGCGGCGGCGGCUCGGAUCUGCCGCUGAAGUAUCCGUACGGCAGAGCGGAGUUCCUGGGACUGUCGCCGGACGAGGUGGAGUGCUCGGCGGAUCACAUCGCCAGACCGAUCCUCAUCCCGAAGGAGACCAAGCGGCUGCCGUGGUCCACCGGCUACGCGGAGGUGAUCAAUGCGGGGAAAAGCACCUUGAAUGAGGACCAGGCCUGCUGCGAGGUGCUGCUGGUCAACAGGAGACCCGCAGGAAGCUCCGCGCACAACCAAACCGCUACGGCCCGCAGGAGGUCGUCCCUGCCCAACGGGGAGGGCUCGGGCCAGCGGGACGGCCCGCCCAGCGGUACUUCACUCAGACCCAGCAAGAGCCUCCAGCCUCAUGACGGCUCUGAGAAUCUAACCUUCCACUACUGGGCGCUGUUCGAUGGCCACGCUGGCUCCGGGGCGGCCGUGGUGGCUGCCCGCCUUCUGCAUCACCACAUCGCCAUGCACCUUCAGGAGGUUAUGGAGGUCAUCUGCAGUCCGGACCUGCCGCCCCCGACCUGCCUCGGGGAGGAGCCCAUCAACCAGCACCUCACGCCGACAUCCCAGCGCGCCCUCACCAGGGCCGCGUCCCUGCGCGGCGCCGCGGGGGCUCCUGGCUCCCCCGGCGCCGCGCCCACACGCUUCUUCACGGAGAAGAAGGUUUCACACGAGAGCCUGGUGGUCGGAGCCAUCGAGAACGCUUUCAAAGACAUGGACGUGCAGAUCGAGAAGGACAAGGCGGUCUACACCGUGUCGGGCGGCUGCACGGCUCUGGCGGCCGUCUUUUUGCUCGGGAAGCUGUACGUGGGGAACGCCGGAGACAGCCGAGCCAUCAUCAUCCGGGCCGGUGAAGUCCUCCCCAUGUCAGCCGAGUUCACGCCGGAGUCUGAGAGACAGCGACUGCAGUUCCUGGCCUACAUGCAGCCCCACUUAUUGGGGAACGAGUUUACACAUCUGGAAUUCCCGAGGAGGAUCCAGAGAAAGGAGGUUGGGAAGAGGAUGCUGUACCGGGACUUCACCAUGUCAGGAUGGGCCUACAAAACCAUCGAGGACGACGACCUAAAGUUCCCUUUGAUCUACGGCGAAGGAAAGAAGGCGCGUGUGUUGGCGACCAUCGGGGUCACCAGAGGUCUGGGGGACCACAAUCUUAAAGUGCACGACUCCAAUAUCUACAUUAAGCCCUUCUUGUCCUGCUGCCCAGAGGUCAAAGUUUACCCUUUGGCGCAGUGCGAGCACGGAGCCGAUGACGUUCUGGUGCUGGGGACCGACGGCCUGUGGGACGUCCUCUCCAACCAGGAAGUGGCUGAAGCGAUCACUUGUUUCCUGGCGAACUGCGACCCCGACGACCCGCACAGGUACACAAUGGCGGCCCAGGACCUGGUGAUGAGGGCACGGGGGGUCCUGAAGGAUCGGGGCUGGAGGAUCUCCAACGACCGACUGGGCUCCGGGGACGACAUCUCCGUCUACAUCAUUCCCCUGGUGUACGGCAACAAGCAGAACUAGCAGAGCUGCCCAAACCCAACCGCCACCGGAACGUCCCCCCCGCCCCCUUUUUUUUUUAAAGCGCUCUGGUGUGGAUUCCUCCUACUGAGGGGUCCAAGAUGUCAGAAAUGCCGAUUUUUCACUUUUUGAAUGGUGAAAAAAAGCUGUUGCUGGGCGACGGCUCGACGGUCCAGAUCGCAGUUACUAACUAACGUUUAGAAAUGUGAAAAUGUAAAUACUCCAAAAUAAGACCUUUGAUAAGCGUGUUCCAUGGAGCACCUGUACGGCGCAAAGGGAGAACACAAAGUGGUGUCCUGCAUACGUCCUGUUCCAUGUGCAGCUUUUCAACCAACGAGUCGUCUGCAUAGAUGAUAUUUUUGCUGAUGCUGCGGACUUCUUGUUUCUUCAGUAGUCGAUGACCUGUUGAAUAUGAAGGAACACACGGAGGACAAACGGAGCCACUCACCAUCGCCGUCUACCUCAUCUUUUAAUUCCUUUGGUUGUCUCGCACAGAGACGUCAGCAGAUCAUUAUUUGCUCCGGUAACUGUCGGUAUAUUGUGUGUAUACAUAUUAUGUCCAAAAAGCCUCUCUUCAGAUACUCAUGUUCACUUUUUCUCUGCAGCAGCUGGAUAUAUUUUUCCUAUUAAGUUAUGCAGAUAAAAGGCAUCUAAAGUGAAUCCACCUGAUUUUGAGUUUGAACAUCACAUCAAUGAAUGUUUAGUUUUAUUUUUCGCCUUCUGUUGCUGGAACAGAGGGACUUCAUUCCGAUGUAAAUAAUGUUUUCAGUGGAUACUCCCCUCACGUCUUUUGCUGUCAGCGAUGUACAUCAAAGUACGGAAUUUACUGUUUUGGAAGCCAAGGAACCGUUUAAAUGUUCACCUUUCUGCUCUAUUAAAAUGUGAUUACUCUGCUGUGUUAUUGAUUAAAAAGUUCACUCUCUCUAAA